AAACUUGCCUUCAUGGUUGCCCUCGGACUUGUCACCCAUGACCAUUUGGAAGGUAAGUGCUGCCAGUUAGGCCUGAAUUAAAUUCCAGUUGCUACAAUCUCCUGCGUUCCCUAGAAGUUCAUACUGCAAUGGCUGUAUUGAAAUACUGCUCUUUGUUUAUAGAAAUUCAAAGCAGGAGGCAGGAGCGUAAGCGAAGAACAACGGCGAACCCGGUAUACAGUGGAGCUGUGUUUGAGCCCGAGGUAUGUCUGUUCUUCUACUUAUCUUUUUUUUUUAUAUAGUGUAACCACACAUUACUACAACAACUGUUACACAAUCCGUGUUGGGCGGAUUACUUGAAAAAUGUAAUCCGUUACCGAUUACUUACAUGAAAAAUAAAGUAAUCAUUAGCGUAAUCCAAAUGAGUAAAGUAAUCUGAUUACUUUCACUUCUACCACCCAGACGUUUUAAAAACGUGCACGUUUUAGUAGCCUAAAAUGAGUAUUUCCAAAUUGGGAUGUGUGCGAUCAUAAAGGUUCUAGUAGUCACAUGUUCUUUAUUCUAUGUGUGAGAGCAUUGUCACAGGGCUCCAUACUAAAGUUUUCAGCCCAUGAUUGGGUCGCACCAAAAAUGUGUGGCGUGGUCACGCAAUAGACAAAAUGUGUAGCCAAAUCAUCUUGUAAAAUCAUUCAACAUGCUUAAUUAAGAAGUGUACUAGACUAAGAUGGUAUGAUUCAAGAAAUGAAUUGUUUAAUCUAACAUGUCCAAGCAGGAAGGCAUGAUUCCAGAUUUUUUUCUGUGAUUGUCGUGAAUUUUGUUGCCAUUAUUUGACUGUCAAAAUGGGGUUCCAGAAUUUUCCGAUGUAUUAUUUUUUUGUUCAAUAGAGAUUAAUUUGUCUACAUGGGCACUAAUAUCAAAUAGCCCAGGCUAAUUCGUUUGGGGCUAAUUCACCACCUGAGGAGUGGUAGCUAGAUUGCUAACUCUAAAUUAUAUAUCCUAAUAUUCAGGUUACUGAUAGGAGACUAAGCUGUGUAAUUGAUAUCAGUAAGAAAUUGAAUGAAUAGGCCUAUGCACUCACCUUAAAUGGCCGACAUGUUCGAUGUUAAGAGUUGGAUCUAUUAAAGACCUACAGAAAGCUUGGACCCUCGGCUCUUCUACAGGAACAACAGUGGUUGCUUUCAAGAGUGUUUCGCUGCCAUUGUGUUCAGCAUUUUAAAAAAUUACAAAAAAUCUCUCCUGCUACGGAGCAGACAAAUAGAGAGAGUGAAAGUGCACUGCUACAAAGCAGGAACUCUGUGGAGUCCAGACGACUCUCUGAUUGACCAGUGGGCCAGGUGUAAAUGUUUUAGAAGCCUUUCCUUUUCAUUCAUCUAUUUGAAUACAAAAGAAGCCAUCUACUCUUGAUGGGCGAUCAGCAGAACAACAUUAACAUCUUUGAGAGCAUGUGAGAAGUAUUAUACAUUUUCCCUCUUGAUAUUAGAGGAAGUAAUCCCAAAUGUAAUCAGCUCUUUUUAAUAAUGUAACUGUAAUCUGAUGACACUUAAAUUUUUUAAAUCCAGGCUGAUAAAUUACUUAAUAGGCUACGGAUAGAGUUUUCGCCCACGCCACGCCCUCGCCGGCCCCUCCAGAGACCUCUUUCUUAAUGUUAAGGAUCCAGAUCACAUUCUGUUAUUUUACACACACAUUUGUAGCUGCUGCUCACACUCCACCUCCCCUCGAGUUUCGCUAUUUACUCACCUUCUGAACCAUGAUGAUGUAGCCUAUGUCUCUGCCUCAUAUUUCUGAACAGCUGAAAUAAAAACCCUGAGGCAAUUUGAACGAACAUUCCAAAACAUAUAUAUUAUCAAGGCUACAACCUUCUGUCUGUCUGUUGUAACUGAUAUUGCAGUUGCACAAGCAGGACACAGUCCCUACACUUUGGAGCAAAACAGUCAGCAUUUUGUGUGAUGAUGUAGGCUAGUCUUUAUAGUUACUGCCAUAUCGUAGUUCCUGAAAAAAGAACACCACUUGACUGCCUGUCUGUCUCCUAUGCAGUUUAGUCAAUAUUUGCAAUGAUGAUAAAGAAAAAACAUUCAAUCGCUAAUUAGACUGCGUGUCUGUGUCUUGCUGCGUUCCACCUCUGGGCAGCCGAACGUUCUAGGCAGCCGAGCAUGUAUCCGGACCUGUAAAAAGAGUCUGAAUGGUCAAGUUCGUUUUGCAUCGCCCAGUGCCAUAGUUAUGCCAUAUGUUGAUAUCGUGGCGAGAGUAAAUAGCUGCAUGUAAGUCGGCAGCUAAGAAGAACAUGAAAUCGCUAGACUGCCUGUUUGUCGUGCUUAUGUUUGCAACAGUGACAACACAUUUUGUACGAACAUGUCGAUUUUAAUGUAUUUUGUGUAAAACAUGUAAAUAGCUGCAUGUAGCCGACUCCCCUCCUGAAAAAAACAUGAAAUCGUUCUUAUGCUUACUGAGGCAUGGAAUGCAGUAGUUCAAACAGUUUUGUAUACAACAUGAAGUUUGUAGGCUACACUAGUGACCAGACAAAGGAAAUCAAAGAGGGGAGAGCGGCAGCGGAGCACUCAGCACAGCAGCUACGUAGGCAGUGGAAAACAAUAUCCUGCACAUGUGCAGAAAUAUCCAUAUUUUUAGCCUGGGCAAAUUGGGGAUACAGAAACUCCAUACUUCAUAUUUGUAAUUGGGUAACGUAAUCUCAAUUUGGCAAAUCUGACCAUAAUUAUAUCCUCCUGAUUCCUGCUUACAAGCAAAAACUAAAGCAGGAAGUAGCAGUGACUCGCUCAAUACGGAAGUGGUCAGAUGACGCGGAUGCUACGCUACAGGACUGUUUUCCUAGCACAGACUGAAAUAUGUUCCGGUAUUCAUUCAAUGGCAUUGAGGAGUAUACCACCUCAGUCACCGGCUUCAUCAAUAAGUGCAUCGACGACGUCGUCCCCACAGUGACCGUACGUACAUUUCCCAACCAGAAGCCAUGGAUUACAGGCAACAUCCGCACCGAGCUAAAAGCUAGAGUUGCCGCUUUCAAGGAGUGGGACAAUAAACCGGACGCUUAUAAGAAAUCUAGCUAUGCCCUCAGACGAAUCAUCAAACAGGCAAAACGUCAAUACAGGACUAAGAUUGAAUCCUACUACACCGGCUCUGACGCUCGUCGAAUGUGGCAGGCCUUGAAAAAUAUUACGGACUACAAAGGGAAACCCAGCCGCGAGCUGCCAGUGACGCGAGCCUACCAGACGAGCUAAAUGCCUUUUUAUGCUCGCUUCGAGGCAAGCAACACUGAAGCAUGCAUGAGAGCACCAGCUGUUCCGGACAACUGUGUGAUCAAGCUCGCCGUAGCCGAUGUGAGCAUGACCUUUUAAACAGGUCAACAUUCACAAAGCCGCGGACGGAUUACCAGGACGUGUACUCAAAGCAUGCGCAGACUAACUGGUAAGUGUUUUCACUGACAUUUUCAACCUCUCCCUGACUGAGGUCUGUAAUACCAACAUGUUUCAAACAGACCACCAUAGUCCCUGUGCCCAAGAAAGCGAAGGUAACCUGCCUAAAUGAUUACCGCCCCGUAGCCCUCACGUCUGUAGCCUUGAAGUGCUUUGAAAGGCUGGUCAUGGCGCACAUCAACACCAUCAUGCCGGAAACCCUAGACCCACUCCAAUUCGCAUACCGCCCCAACAGAUCCACAGAUGACGCAAUCUCAAUCGAACUCCGCACUGUCCUUUUCCACCUGGACAAAAGGAACACCUAUGUGAGAAUGCUGUUCAUUGACUACAGCUCAGCGUUCAACACCAUAGUGCCCACAAAGCUCAUCACUAAGCUAAGGACCCUGGGACUAAACACCUCCCUCUGCAACUGGAUCCUGGACUUCCUGACAGGCCGCCCCCAGGUGGAAAGGGUAGGCAACAACACAUCUGUGACGCUGAUCCUCAACACUGGGGCCCCUCAGGGGUGCGUGCUCAGUUCCCUCCUGUACUCCCUGUUCACCCAUGACUGCGUUGCCAGGCACGACUUCCAACACCGUUAUUACGUUUGCUGACGACAACAGUGGUAGGGCUGAUCACCGACAACAAUGAGACAGCCUAUAGGGAGGAGGUCAGAGACCUGGCAGUGUGGUGCCAGGACAACAACCUCUCCCUCAAUGUGAGUAAGACAAAGGAGCUGAUCGUGGACUAUAGGAAAAGGAGGGCCGAACAGGCCGCCAUUAACCGCAAUCAACAUCAAUUGAUUUGACUUUGGAUAGCCUGUCUGUGGGGCUAGUUGGGGACCGUCAGUAUAUUACAUUAUAUUGUAAUUCAUGUUGUACACCUUUUAGUUCUCAUUUAAAUGCUUUAAAUACUUGUAUAUGAAGUUCUACAAUUUGUUAGAGGGAGUUUUGGAUCCGAUUUUAGAGUGGAAAUAUUCACAGAUAACCGAAAUACACUAUAUAUACAAAAGUAUGUGGACACCCCUUCAAAUUAGUGGAUUUGGCUAUUUCAGCCACACCCAUUGCUGACAGGUCGAGAGUUUCAUGUUCCUUGGUGUCCACAUCAUCAACGAACUAUCAUGGUCCAAACACACCAAGACAGUUGUGAUGAGGGCACGACAACGCCUUUUCCCCCUCAGGAGACUGAAAAGAUUUGGCAUGGGUCCCCAGAUCCUCAAAAAGUUAUACAGCUGCACCAUCAAGAGCAUCCUGACCGGUUGCAUCACCGCCUGGUAUGGCAACUGCUCGGCAUCUGACCGUAAGGCACUACAGAAGGUAGUGCGUAUGGCCCAGUACAUCACUGGGGCCAAGCUUCCUGACACCCAGGACCUAUAUACUAGGCAGUGUCAGAGGAAGGCCCAAGAAAUUGUCAAAGACUCCAGUCACCCAAGUCACAGACUGUUCUCAAGCGGUACCGGAGCGCUAAGUCUAGGACCAUAAGGCUCCUUAACAGCUUCUACCCCCAAACUAUAAGACUGCUGAACAAUUAAUCAAAUGGCCACCCGGACUAUUUACAUUGAUUCCCCCCCCCCCCCUUUGUUUUUACACUGCUGCUACUCACUGUUUAUUAUCUAUGCAUAGUCACUUUACAAAUUACCUCGACUAACCUGUACCCCCGCACAUUGACUCUACCGGUACCGCCUGUAUAUAGCCUUGUUAUUGUUAUGUCAUUUUCUUGAUUUUAUUUUUUUACUUUAGUUUAUUUAGUAAAUAUUUUCUUAACACAAUUUUUUCUACUGCAUUGUUGGUUAAGGGCUUGUAAGUAAGCGUUUCACGGUAAGGUCUACACCUGUUGUAUUCGGCGCAUGUGACAAAUCAAAUUUGAUAUGAUGUAAUCUGUUACUACCCAACCCUGUACACAAUGUGUUUCUUAUUAGGUUGACUGCCAGUGCACAUGCUUUUUAAAAUGCGACCAUAAUACGCACCAUUUUCCUUGCAUGUGAAUAUCUGAAUGCAUGUACUCAGAGUUAUCUGGCCCUGUGUAGCAUAUGAAAAGAAAACGGGUGUCCUUUUGAGUGAGCAACAUGGACUUUGCAGUCAAAUCAAAGCUGGAUUUAUUCUCCCAUAUGUAUUCCUAUCGACGCCGUGCAGAGGAAGAAGAGUGCAGUGACCUACCUAAACACUCCGCUCCACCAGGGAACCAGAAAGAGAGGUCAGUAUCCACUCAACAAGCUGUCAGCACUGGAGGCUGUAAACACCUGCACAUACACCUGUUCCAAUGCCCAGGGACAUAUAGAUGUAUAGAUUACUGAGCUAGCCUAUAUUUGAUGCUUGUAUGUUUUAAUCUACUUAAUGUAAAUGGUACGAAAUGCUGUGAAUGUCUCUCUCACACACCACACACACAACUUUUCUGCUGACACCUCUUUGCUUGCUGGCCGAAUCCCGUGCAGGGACACUUACUAAGAGACUGCUAUUCUGACCUUGAAGACUUCAUUAUGAAGACUGCCUUUUCUUUAUCCCUAACUGUAGAGAUUCCUUGACUUUUUCCAAUUGUCAUUUGUGAAAACCGGGUUUUGGUUAGAGGGAUAAUAGUUCAUGUCAAAAUGUAACUUUGUCAGAUGUUUUCAUGCAUCAAGUGGAGCUGAGUCAAUUUUGUUGAUCCGAGCACAAGGAAAUCUGUAGGUCUCAACCCCAAAUCAAUGGGAAAGAUUGGCACCAUCCAAUUGCACUUACACACCACUUUUUGCUGUAUGAAAGCAUCUGACAAACUGUGUUUCACUUUGAACUGUCCCUUUUUGAGGUUGAUUUGUAGACGUCCUAGUGAAUAGGGAGAGAUCGCUCACUCCCUUCAACUGUCAGCUUCCCUCCACCCUGCCAACGUAUUGCGCUGCUUCUUCUUUUGAACCGCACUUGCAUGUAGCUUCUGUCUCUUAGUGCACUAACUCCGCUCUGUGCUUCUCCUCCUCCACCCUCAACUCAACACCAUUCCCUUUUUCACACUAGCCAACGAGGACCGCCUGUCAAAGGUAUGUUGGACAGACUGUUUGUUUGUUUCCCUCCCACCUCCAUCUUUUUUUGUUUUUCGUCUGUCUCAUUUCACCCAGGUCGCCCACCCAAAUACAGCAGUGUUCCGGAACUGGGCAGCCACACCCCAACCUCCCCCUCCAGCUGUCUCACUGCCUCCCUGGUCCCCGAGCGGCCCAACACAGGGGGGAGCUUCCCCUUCCAUGUCCACCCCCACCACACUCUCCCCCUGCCCAGCCCCAGCUCUGGGGAUGUAAGUAGCAGCUGGAGAGAGCAGAACAGGAGCCUGGACCUUUGGGACUCUAUCCCUACUUACCUACCUCACCUACUGUCGCCCCUCCCUUUUUAUACCGGUGGUAUUAUCCACAGGCUGUAAAUACCCCCCCCCACACACACAAAUACUUAAGUGGAGUUCAAAUCUCCCAGUUCCUUCACGUCAAAAGACCUAGACAAGUACGGACACUUGUUUAUUGAUUUACUCCCUACUGUCUGAUCCUUCAUCCCAUCUUUUAUUUAAUUGUUUUUAUGCAUUAAAGUGAACAGUACCCCUCCUUAAAUUCAGUACCCCCUACUCUCAGAGGAACAAGUGAUAGUCUGUCAAAUUGAUAAUUUACUAAUUUUUUAAGUAGGGUCAGUUAGUUUAGAUCCUCUUCUUAAAUGACAUAAAAAAUAUACUGCAGUUUAUUACGUUAAACUAUAAUUUUUUAUAAGAAAUGCAGAAUGGUAUCCACAGUGGCUUUUUAGAAUGGCCUUUACCCAUUUCAGUGUUGGAGUUACACACAUUACUUCCUUAAGUGUUCACUUUUUAAAGGGGGGCUGAACUAACUUAUUUAGCCACGGUUUCGAUCUUCCUCAUUAGGAAAUGCGACUGAUAACGAGAUUUGGGUCUUGGCGGCGUGCUUUGAUGUGGGUGUCUCUUGGCUGGGAAGCGUUUGUACAUUCACUCUGCCAAAACAGUACACAGUUAGUCACUCACCGUUCUAGAUCAUUUGAAACAAUCUAACAAGUCUUGUGUCUGGAAGUAGGCUAGCUAGCAAGCUAGCCAACUUCUUUAGCCAUUUAGCUUCAGCCAGACUGUGUGCAACCGUGGCAAAAUUGAUUUGACUUUGAAUAGCCUGUCUGUGGGGCUAGUUGGGGACCGUCAAUAUAUUACAUUAUAUUGUAAUUCAUGUUGUACACCUUUUAGUUCUCAUUUAAAUGCUUUAAAUACUUGUAUAUGAAGUUCUACAAUUUGUUAGAGGGAGUUUUGGAUCCGAUUUUAGAGUGGAAAUAUUCACAGAUAACCGAAAUACACUAUAUAUAAAAAAGUAUGUGGACACCCCUUCAAAUUAGUGGAUUUGGCUAUUUCAGCCACACCCGUUGCUGACAGGUGUAUACAAUCGAGCACACAGCCAUGCAAUCUCCAUAGAGAAACAUUGACAGUACAAUGGCCUUACUGAAGAGCUCAGUGACUUUCAAUGUGGCACCAUAGGAUGCCACCUUUCCAACAAGUCAGUUCAUCAAAUUUCUGCCCUGCUAGAGCUGCCCCGGUCAACUGUAAGUGCUGUUAUUGUGAAGUGUUAUUGUCUAGGAGCAACAACGGUUCAGCUGUGAAAUGGUAGGCCACACAAGCUCACAGAACGGGACCGGCGAGUGCUGAAGUGCGUAAAAGUCGUCUGUCCUCGGUUGCAACACUCACUACAGAGUUCCAAACUGCCUCUGGAACAACGUCAGCACAAGAACUGUUCGUCGGGAGCUUCAUGAAAUGGGUUUCCAUGGCUGAGCAGCCAUGGCGGAAACCAUGCGCAAUGCCAAGCGUCGGCUAGAGUGGUGUAAAGCUCGCCGGCAUUGGACUCUGGAGCAGUGGAAAGGCGCUCUCAGGAGUGAUGAAUCACGCUUCACCAUCUGGCAGUACGACAGACGAAUCUGGGUUUAGCGGAUGCCAGGAGAACGCUACCUGCCCCAAUGCAUAGUGCCAACUGUAAAGUUUGGUGUAGGAGGAAUAAUGGUCUGGGGCUGUGUUUAAUGGUUCGGGCUAGGCCCCUUAGUUCCAGUGAAGGGAAAUCUUAAUGCUACAGCAUACAAUGAUAUACUAGACGUUCCUGUUUCAGCAUGACAAUGCCUCCGUGCACAAUGCGAGGUCCAUACAGAAAUGGUUUGUCGAGAUCGGUGUGGAGGAACUUGACUGGCCUGCACAGAGCCCUGACCUCAACCCCAUCGAAGACCUUUGGGAUGAAUGGGAACGCCGACUGCGAGCCAGGCUUAACCGCCCAAUAUCAGUGCCCAACCUCACUAAUACUCUGCUGGCUGAAUGGAAGCAAGUCCCUGCAGCAAUGUUCCAACAUCUAGUGGAAAGCCUUCCCAGAAGAAUUAAGGCUGUUUAUAGCAGCAAAGGGGGGACCAACUCCAUAUUAAUAAUGCCCAUGAUUUUGGAAUGAGAUGUUUGACAAGCAGGUGUCCAGAUACUUUUGGCCAUGGAGUGUAUCUACCGAUAUUGUUGUUAUUAUUAUAGCUGGAAUAAAAAAAAUAAAAAAAUAAUUAUGUAUGUAAAACAGCCCUACAAUGAUACUCAGAAAGCUGAUUUCUUAAAUUUGAUGAAAGAACAUUAAUGGAAGCUUUCAUGGAAAAACUGUUACACUCUAGUGAAAGGAGGAUAAACUACACUGAUUCCAGCAAAAAAAUUGCGUAAGCUCUGACGACUGAGCUGCCUCAUGCUAGCCAGCUGGAAGACAACGAAUUAGGACACAUUUUCAAUGUAUUGGUAUUUAGCUAUGUUUUCAUCGAUUUGUAGGACUGUAGCCACUAAAUUCUGGUUGUUGUCACUUGAAAGAAAAAACAUCAAUCACAAAAUGUUCCGCUGGCAGAGCACUGCCUCUCGCCCCAAGCGUUGCCUCAGUGAACGGUCCUUGCUAUCUGGGAUCCUUGGGACGUCCCUACCCUAUUGAAUUUGACAUUUUAAAUGGUUACAUUAAAAGGCUCUGUGGUCAAUCCGGCUAUUGCAGUGGCCGUACAGCAUUUACAGCGAUGCGGCUUUCGAAGAAGUCAGAGCAUUCAUACUUUUUGUUGUCAUACGCAUCCAAUAAAUGCGUCUGCACUGCACCACUUGCAGUGAUUCAAGGCUAAUCUCUAUAGCCAUCCAGCUAAUUACAAACAACUGGCUAAACGAAAAGACAAGACCUUACCUCUUCUGAGAUGUUUGAGUCUGUUUCCCGGUGCUUGACAUAGGCCAAGAUAGGAUGAACUAAAACAGUUUUCCAACCUGCAUCUCCAUCCUGAAUCUCCCCAUGGCCUCCCAGCAAAACUAGCCUACCUUUUGGCUGUUGUUUAUAUGUGUAUUUAACACUAUGUUGAGGUAAACAAUCGGAGUAUAAUGCUUGUAUGGAUGUCAACCCCAAUACAUGUUCAUGUCAUCGUCACCAAUCAACUGCAUUACAGUUCAACUACUUUGACUACCACCACCGAUUUCUGUAUGCUACCAGCUUAUACGAAUGGGAGUUAGCAUUUAGCAGUCACUUUUUCUAAACCUGAAAAGGGACAACUUCUAAAUGUUAUGCAGUGAAAACAGCCAAAUGUAUCCAAAUCGGAUUUUAGUAACCACAUUGUGGGCCUGUUACAAUACGGAUUUGACAAAUAUCCACUUUGUUAGAUCAGAUUUGUUCAAUAUGCGGCAAUCCAGCGUCCUUCUAUCCCCCCCACUGUCUGCAUUCCAUUGACCUCUUUACCGCAUCUAUCCCCAUUACCUCCCUGAUCUCUUUCCAGGAGUUCAAACUCAUUUUUGUGUCUUUGAAACCCCUACACGAAGUAUCAUAAAGAUAUUUUUUAUUGAUAGCCUUUCGUCAAAGUUCUCCAUGUUUGUUGUCAAGAAAGUGAGUUGGUGUUUAUACAGGAUGUACCGCCCCCAUUUUCCAUCAACCAACCAUGUCAAUACGGAGCUAUGCGGAGCCCUGCGCAUUGUUACAAAAUUUGGGAAACGCAUGGCAUCGGCGUACCAAGCUCGAUUUGGCCUCCGGAGGUUCCGCAAUUGUGUCAUACCCUCCGUACUGAGCCUCCUGACCACUCCGGAUCAAGCAUAAAUUGGCUUUAAGGGUUAAGGUUCAGGGUAGGUAAGGGUUAUGGUUAGGGUAGGGUAGGGGCUAUGGUUAGGGUUUAGCGUGGGGACAUCCCAAGGAUCCCUGAUAGCACUAACCCUCAGUGAAUGGCGUCAAGUACUCUCUGGUUAGAUGGGGGUGGCAAACGUGAAUUUAGACCGGUCCCUGACAAGUGACAACCCAUGCAUCAAAACGUAGCUACGAAGCGUUACUUUGUAACCGGCUAUGUUUAUAUUUUUUGUGCCUCUGAAAAACUAAUUAUGACACAGCUUGAGGAAUACCCUUCGCAAAAAGGUAAUAUAACCCACCAGAUUUCGCACACCAUAAGGCUUUAACGUUACCACAGAGUUUAAUGUUCUUAGCACGGCACUUGCUUUAUAUUUGGGCAUAGCAUCCAUUGAUUGUCAUGACACUUCAUGUAACAGUACAGUGCCUUGCAAAUGUAUUCAUCCCCCUUGGCGUUUUUCCUAUUUUGUUGCAUUACAACCUGUAAUUUAAAUGGAUUUUUAUUUGGAUUUCAUGUAAUCAACAUACACAAAAUAGUCCAAAUUGGUGAAGUAAAAUGAAAAAAAAUUAAAUAAACGGAAAAGUGGUGCGUGCAUAUGUAUUCACCCCCUUUGCUAUGAAGCCCCUAAAUAAGAUCUGGUGCAACCAAUUACCUUCAGAAGUCACAUAAUUAGUUAAAUAAAGUGCACCUGUGUGCAAUCUAAGUGUCACAUGAUCUGUCACAUGAUCUCAAUAUAUAUACACCUGUUCUGAAAGGCCCCAGAGUCUGCAACACCACUAAGCAAGGGGCACCACCAAGCAAGCGGCACCAUGAAGACCAAGGAUCUCUCCAAACAGGUCAGGGACGAAGUUGUGGAGAAGUACAGAUCAGGGUUGGGUUAUAUAAAAAUAUCUGAAACUUUGAACAUCCCACGGAGCACCAUUUAAAUCCAUUAUAAAAAAUGGAAAGAAUAUGGCACCACAACAAACCUGCCAAGAGAAGGCCGCCCACCAAAACUCACGGACCAGGAAAGGAGGGCAUUAAUCAGAGAGGCAACAAAGAGACCAAAGAUAACCCUGAAGGAGCUGUAAAGCUCCACAGCGGAGAUUGGAGUAUCUGUCCAAAGGACCACUUUAAGCCGUACACUUCACAGAGCUGGGCUUUACGGAAGAGUGGCCAGAUAAAAGCCAUUGCUUAAAGAAAAAAAUAAGCAACCACAUUUGGUGUUCGCCAAAAGGCAUGUGGGAGACUCUCCAAACAUAUGGAAGAAGGUACUCUGGUCAGAUGAGACUAAAAUCGAGCUUUUUGGCCAUCAAGGAAAACUCUAUGUCUGGCACAAACCCAACACCUCUCAUCACCCUGAGAACACCAUCCCCACAGUGAAGCAUGGUGGUGGCAGCAUCAUGUUGUGGGGAUACUUUGCAUCAGCAGGGACUGGGAAACUGGUCAGAAUUGAAGGAGUGAUGGAUGGCGCUAAAUACAGGGAAAUUCUUGAGGGAAACCUGUUUCAGUCUUCCAGAGAUUUGAGACUGGGACGGAGGUUCACCUUUCAGCGGGACAAUGACCCUAAGCAUACUGCUAAAGCAACACUUGAGUGGUUUAAGGGGAAACAUUUAAAUGUCUUGGAAUGGCCUAGUCAAAGCCCAGACCUCAAUCCAAUUGAGAAUCUGUGGUAUGACUUAAAGAUUGCUGUACACCAGCGGAACCCAUCCAACUUGAAGGAGCUGGAGCAGUUUUGCCUUGAAGAAUGGGCAAAAAUCCCAGUGGCUAGACGUGCCAAGCUUAUAGAGACAUACCCCAAGAGACUUGCAGCUGUAAUUGCUGCAAAAGGUGGCUUUACAAAGUAUUGACUUUGAAGAUACUGUAGCUUGGAGUAAGAUUUCCUAUCGUGAAUGUCUAUGUUCCACCCCUAGCCGGAGGGUUUGUGGUUCCCACUCCCAGGAAAGAAAAUCAGUUUCAAAGCUAAUUUCCUGCAUUUCUACAUAUUUUCACAUGGCUUAGGCCCAUGACCAGGGUGGAAUAUAUGAAUAGUUAUGCAUGCUCAAGUUCUGUUUUUUUGUGUUUGUUUCACAAUAAAUAAUAUUUUGCAACUUCAAAGUGGUAGGCAUGUUGUGUAAAUAAAAUGAUACAAACCCCCAAAAAAUCCAUUUUAAUUCCAGGUUGUAAAGCAACAAAAUAGGAAAAAUGCCAAGGGGUGGGAAUGCUUUCGCAAGCCACUGUAUGUGACCAGUGCGCAUUUUACACUUUAUUGAGCUGGCAAGCUUCUAUCUACUCAGCACUCACCAUAGAAGCAGUAACAGUUAGUUCACAGUAGUUCACUCUACUCUCGGAUCGGUAUAGUUGCAUUGGGUGAUAGUGUCCAGCCAAGGCAAGAUCGGCUUAUAGCCAUGUAAACAGCACCCUGUUCAGGACAUAUAAGGAAAUGCACCAAAAAAGUCACAUUCUAUGAAGAACGCCUUUUUUCUUCACAUUUUAUAUUGGUCCUUUUCGGUAGAUUAAAUGCAGAUACAAAUAAACUCAGCAAAAAAAGAAACGUCCUCUCACUGUCAACUGUGUUUAUUUUCAGCAAACUUAACAUGUGUAAAUAUUUGUAUGAACAUAAGAUUCAACAACUGAGACAUAAACUGAACAAGUUCCACAGACGUGACCUACAGAAAUUGAAUAAUGUGUCCCUGAACAAAGGGGAGGGAGUCAGUAUCUGGUGUGGCCACCAGCUGCAUUAAGUACUGCAGUGCAUCUCCUCCUCAUGGACUGCACCAGAUUUGCCAGUUCUUGCUGUGAGAUGUUACCCCACUCUUCCACCAAGGGACCUGCAAGUUCCCGGACAUUUCUGGGGGGGAAUGGCCCUAGCCCUCACCCUCCGAUCCAACAGGUCCCAGACGUGCUCAAUGGGAUUGAGUUCCGGGCUCUUCGCUGGCCAUGGCAGAACACUGACAUUCCUGUCUUGCAGGAAAUCACGCACAGAACGAGCAGUAUGGCUGGUGGCAUUGUCAUGCUGGAGGGUCAUGUCAGGAUGAGCCUGCAGGAAGGUUACCACAUGAGGGAGGAGGAUGUCUUCCCUGUAACGCACAGGGUUGAGAUUGCCUGCAAUGACAACAAGCUCAGUCCGAUGCUGUGACACACCGCCCCAGACCAUGAUGGACCCUCCACCUCCAAAUCGAUCCCGCUCCAGAGUACAGGCCUUGGUGUAACGCUCAUUCCUUCAACGAUAAACGCAAAUCCGACCAUCACCCCUGGUGAGACAAAACUGUGACUCGUCAGUGAAGAGCACUUUUUGCCAGUCCUGUCUGGUCCAGCGACGGUGGGUUUGUGCCCAUAGGCGACGUUGUUGCCGGUGAUGUCUGGUGAGGACCUGCAUUACAACAGGCCUACAAGCCCUCAGUCCAGCCUAUUGCGGAGAGUUGGAGCACUGAUGGAGGGAUUGUGCAUUCCUGGUGUAACUCGGGCAGUUGUUGUUGCCAUCCUGAACCUGUCCCGCAGGUUGGAUGUAACGAUCCUGUGCAGGUGUUGUUACAAUUGGUUUUCCACUGCGAGGACAAUCAGCUGUCCGUCCUGUCUCCCUGUAGCGCUGUCUUAGGCGUCUCACAGUACGAACAUUGCAAUUUAUUGCCCUGGCCACAUCUGCAGUCCUCAUGCCUCCUUGCAGCAUGCCUAAGGCACGUUCACGCAGAUGAGCAGGGACCCUGGACAUCUUUCUUUUGGUGUUUUUCAGAGUCAGUAGAAAGGACUCUUAAGUGUCCUAAGUUUCCUAACUGUGACCUUAAUUGCCUACCGUCUGUAAGCUGUUAGUGUCUUAACGACCGUUCCACAAGUGCAUGUUCAUUAAUUGUUUAUGGUUCAUUGAACAAGCAUGGGAAACAGUGUUUAAACCCUUUACAAUGAAGAUCUGUGAAGUUUUUUUGGAUUUUUAUGAAUUGUCUUUGAAAGACAGGGUCAUGAAAAAGGAACGUUUCUUUUUUUGCUGAGUUUACAUCAGUGAAAGGUAAAUAUCAGCCAACAAUAUUGGUCAACUGAUACAUCAGUUUGUCUUACAAUUCAUAGUUGGUUUGAGUUUUUUUAUUAAUAGAAAUUUGGAGCUAUUGAAAUGUUUCGGAUUGUCCAAUUUACUAACUAGCCCCAUAGGGAUAUCCAAACCAAAUUUAUUGGUCAUUACGAUCGGGUCGCUUGCAGUUGUGCUCCGAAUUGAUGAUUACUUGGGUGCUGUGGGCAGGAUUGAAAUAAACGCAACCCAAGGAAAAGUGUUACAUACCCUUCAUUCCUUUUUUCCUAACCAUCUCGCAAAUCUCAGUUUUGGACAGAACUGACUUUAUGACCCAAAUUAUCUUACACUUUGUAGUCAAUUUUGACACUAGAAUAAAUGUUUCUGACUCGCCACAUAGGCAGUCUUCAGUCGCGCUUUAAGUGUUCUCACUAAAACACCACAAAGACCCUAAUAUGAUUGGAUAAUCCUCAAAUCAACAAACAUGGCACCUCCCUUCUGCCCUGCCUCUGCACACCUGAUUGGUCAGGCCUAGACGGGCAGUGAAACUGAUUGGUGCAAUUCUUCCUGACAGGGAGACAUCCAUGAGGAUUUCUGCACUGUGUGCAGACGCAGUGGCCAGUUGCUCAUGUGUGACACAUGCUCACGUGUCUAUCACCUGGACUGCCUGGACCCACCCCUGAAAACCAUUCCUAAAGGCAUGUGGAUCUGUCCCAAAUGUCAAGACCAGGUAAACACAGCACCCAACCUACUGAUCAGGGGGGGCUUGGCCCAGCAGUCCAGUGGUUCAGUGGUCUAGAUCAGAAAAAUGGGUUGCCUUUUCAAAGUGGGCAAUUGGCACAGAAUUGUCCACAGGUUAUCCAGAAAUGUAAUCUUCCCCUUAGGCUGUCAUCAGCUAGCCCUUUUUCCUAAACGACAACAUUAAGAUAUGACUGUUCAAGAAGGAACUGCAAACGUCAACAUGAUUCAGUAUUGUUUUAUGUAAUUCUUUCCCAUUCAUUUUGUUAGUGGAUGAUGGCAUCUUACACUCCCAUCUGAUUUUGUUUGUUUGUCCAUCGUGACAUCACCAGAGGGUGACCAGAGCAAUGUUCUCUUCCAUGUCUAGGUAAUGUCGUGACUUCACAAUCACAAUACAACAAAGCUGUGCUCUUCUCUCCAGAUAUUGAAAAAAGAAGAUGCAAUUGAAUGGCCAGGAACAUUGGCUAUUGUUCAUUCCUACAUCGCCUAUAAAGAAGGUAGGAAUAGCACACCAAAGACCUUGUGCCUCGACAAACAUGAAAUGUGUGGUUCUGCUUCAUUCAGCUGAAGCGGUGGUAGAUGGAACAGUUCCGUCACUGGCAUCUCAAACAACCAGAUUGCCUUUUUAAAUCUCACUGUUGUCGGUGUGUUGUUUCUGUUUCCUAACAGCUAAAGAAGAGGAGAAACAAAAGCUAAUGAAGUGGAGUACUGAGCUGAAACUGGAACGGGAGCAGUUGGAACAAGGGGUCAAACAACUCAGCAACUCUAUAACGGUAAGCUCCAUAGUAACAGCAGAUCCCCUUUAAGUGAGUUGUUUCCAGAUGGCCAUACUGGAAAAGACGGAAGUGGCUGAGAUCUGUAAUAAUAGUGUGAGCUAGGUAUUUCACUUAACUGCCCAUAUUGCUCGGAUCAGGGAUGCAAACUCGUCUUUUCUGCGAUAUUCGCCGUUUUGAUCUCAAAAUAGGUAAUCCAGGUGAAUUGUGUAGGGGGCUGACGAAAAGUGCGCAGAUGCAGUGUAUCAGCCGUUGAGCUAUAAAAGAGAGGCGCACAGAGAAACCUUUCCUAAUCUAGAUUUUUUGGAACACUUAUUUAAAUGUGUCCUGUGGAAUGCACAUGGAAUUUUGACUUGGGAGCACCAGUGCGCUCAGAUAAUACGUUAAAUGGCACAUGGUUACAUCUGUAUCGUUGUUUCAAGUCCGGUGCGCUCAGGCUGUUGUUUUAUUUGUAUCAUUUUAGGGGCGUGCAUCACGAGCAAAGUAAUUUGUAAAAUGUUACUUCGCCUGUAAGCACCAUUAGCACAGGCAAGUCUGAUUAUGCUUAACUGUGUACCACAGCCUCUGCCAUAGAAACAAACGGAGCAUGGUUUUGUGUCUGUGGUUGCAGAAAACCGGUUGUCUCUAGCCCAAACCAUUUUAAACUAAAGACCUAUUUUACCGGUGUAAAAGUGCGGAUUCACAGGAUGCUCUUUAAGGGGUACACACAAAUUAAUCAUCAUGAGUAAGGAACAAUGAAAAUAACAUUUUUACCCAUACGUAAAAAUGUAUGCGCACAUGACUAAGUCGCUUUGGAUAAAAGCGUCUGCUAAAUGGCAGAUUAUUAUUAUAUUAUUAAUCUAUAAAAAUAAUUUGUCACAGAAAAUAGAUGAUUUGCGGUAUCAGAUGAGAUGGAGGUCAUUACCACAAUACAUUUAAUAGGGACAUUUUCAGGUGUGCCACAGAUUUAAAAAAAUUAUCCCAUCAAGAUGUGCCACGGUUCAAAAAAGGUUGUGAACCACUGAGAUAGCCUACUGAAAGAGCUGCUUCAACUUUAGGAUGCAUAUGCCUAAUCAAUGUAAUUCAGAGCUAAAUUUGAAUUUUAAAAAAUAUAUUUUUUUCUGGUGUUCCUUAAAUUCUGUUUGGUGCCUAACUUUUGGGAGGGGGGUGUGUGUGUGUGGUUUCAUAUAGGCCUAGUGUCUUUUCCCCUUACUGCCACAAUGAAAAUGCAGAUCAUUAUGCAUUUAUAUCCCUUACUACAUUCCUUUUGCCCAAUCACAGGUAGGCCUUUGUAUAAUAGUGAAUCAUCUAUUUUCUGAAGUAACCUGUUGUAUUAUAGAGUAAAAAGUGUGAAGUUAAAUUCAAUGUGUUGUAUUGAGUAGAGGUGUGAAUAUCAGGGACAGGUCUUUGUGCAGCACACGUGCAGAACAUGUCAAAAACGGGAACAUGCAUCCUGGGGGUGGGGGCAAACCCUGUGGUAUCAUGAUACUACUUGGCCUGUUAUCACAUUGUUAGUAAAAUGUUGGUAUUAUGACAACCCCACUCUAAAAAUAUGCACAUUUUCUUGCAGUUAACACAGAUUUUUCACGUGUUUCCGUGCGAAAAACAUUUUACGUUUUUGGUUCCCUGUCUGAUGCUCGCCUGGCUUACGUUCGAUUAGUGAUGAUAACUCUUGAGGAAACAGAUAAUGCCCAGUGAUACUGAUGGCUGACGUUAAAUUACAUUUUCAUAGAACUGCAUAAAAAAAUAAGUUUGCACACUGUUAACAAAGCUUUCUAGCUACAUAGCCAAAUGCUAGCUAAUCGGCUAAAGUCCUACAGUUUGCAGUUAAUUAGCUAUCCUAAUACUGUAGCUGAUUUCUAAAAACUUUACAUUUAUAAUAACAGCACUAGUAGUGAUAAAGUUAGAGUUCAGUAAUUGGCAGAGAUGGAGACAAAGCUAGCUUGAUAUCUCGCUUGUUAGCAAGCAAAUGUGGAUCUGUCAGGAACCAACAUGAUAAAAGAUACUGCUAGAACUAGUUUUUGUGAAUCUUAAUCUGACAGCAAAAUAUUUGUGUAAGCAAAUGAAGAAUCCAUUUGACACCAGAUAAGGUGCAUAAAGUGCAGUGAUGUAAAAUAAUGGUCUAUAGAGUAUUUUGAAACUGUUCUUUUUAUAGUGACUUUAUUGGAUUAAUUUAAGUGUGUUCAUUUAUUAUUACUUAACCCUGUUUCCUCCCCUCCAAAUAGAAAUGCAUGGAGACCAAAAACAUCAUCCUGUCUCGACAGAAAGAAAUGCAAGUUUCGUUGGAGAAGGUCAAACACCUGGUCCGCCUCAUUCAGGCUUUCAGUUUCAGUCUAACCAUGGAGACCGAGGGUACUGGUGCCAUCACAGAAGACAUCACAAAGGACAUCACAAGGGCCAAGGAUGCAGUUGUCCCAGCUGAAAAUGCUGUGGACACAGUCAACACAGAGGCUGUAGCAGAAGUCAAUAUCCAGUGUGUGGAUGUGGUGAAGGUCACAGCACAGGACAUCAGCGAUGUUGAAGCCGGAAAGGAGGAGGAUGUAGCUAAUGUUACCACCGAGACGGUAUCAGGAGUCAGCGCUGAGCCUGUUGCCGGGUUUCAGCGCCGUGGCUACAGUGGACAGCAGUGUUGAACCCGUGGCUGAGGUCAACAACGCUGAGGAAGUGACUGAGGCCGAGACGAAAGCCACAGCAGUGGUCAGCGCAGAGGACUCUACUGUGGCCACAACCAAUGGCACCACUGACCUUGUGUGUACUGACGCGGGCAUGGACGAGAGCUGUACUAACAACAAGGACGAGAACCGUACUAACAACAAGGACGAGAGCUGUACUAACGACAAGGACGAGAACUGUACUAACAACAAGGACGAGAGCUGUACUAACAACACAAACACCAACCCUGAGAACAAGGUCACCACCACUAACAGCACAGAGGAGGUGGUAGAAGAGGAACAGGAAGAGAACACAAACGAUGAUGGCAGCAGCACCAACAACAGCAAAACCUCAGAACCUUCCCAGAAAUCUUUGCCAGCUCUUCUCGACAGUUUGGACAAUAAAGAGUAA